AUGAUCGUGUUUAAGUUGGCUCUUGUAGCCAGUACCUUAACGGGGGCUACUAUAGCUCGAUCAGUUCACCAAGAUGGGCCUCAACAGGUACUUGACGAUGUAAGACCGGCAUCUUUCAAAUGCGAUAUCCCGCCAGUGGUUGACCCUUCGAAAGACGGACUACCGGCUGCUCGUGAUAUCUUCUCUGAUCAAGAGGCCUUGCUGCUUCAGGUUAAGAGGCAUGGUACCAUUGUAAAGAUACCUUCCAUCUCGUACGAUGAUAACGGAGAACCGGGCGAAGACUCUAGAUGGGAUGUAUUCUAUGAUUUACACAGGGCCCUGGCUGCUUUAUAUCCUAAUAUUCACCUUCGGGCAGCCCGCGAGACAGUGAAUACGUUCGGUUUAGUAUAUACGAUUGAGGGAACAGAGCCCGCCCUUAAACCACUCCUGUUAGCUGCGCACCAAGAUGUGGUACCAGUUGCCGACGCCUCAACUUGGAAAUAUCCACCAUUCUCGGCCCAUUUUGAUGGGCAAUGGCUAUGGGGACGGGGCGCAUCAGACGACAAGAAUAGUUUGACUGGCCUGUUUUCUGCUCUGGAGGCCCUGCUAUCAAACCCUCGCUGGGUGCCAAGGAGAACCAUAAUACUCGCACUUGGAUUUGAUGAGGAGUGUUCAGGUCGUAGAGGAGCUGGCCAUAUUGGGCCAUACCUAGAAAAGCGGUAUGGUCCUAAGUCGGUGGCCCUAAUCCUCGAUGAAGGAGGAAUGGGAUUACAACUCCUUGGCAACGACACUUUGUACGCUCUUCCUGCUGUUAUGGAAAAGGGCCAUGUUGAUAUCUGGUUGGAACUUUACGUAAAUGGAGGCCACUCAUCAGCACCGUUUCCGCAUACAGGUAUUGGUAUAAUGGCUGAGUUUGUUAAUCAUCUGGAAUCUAACCCAUGGAAGCCCAAACUCAUUGAGGGCUCGCCCAUCUACAAUCACUUUGUCUGCCAGGCAAAAUAUUCCCCUGAUGUGUCACCGAACAUCACCAAGCUAAUAAACAAAGGGGACUUGGAAUCAUUGACCGAAGAACUGGCGACGAUCGAUCGGCCGACUCAGUAUCGUAUACAGACUUCUCAAGCUGUUGACUAUUUCUUCGGAGGGGUAAAAAUCAACGCUAUGCCGGAGUAUAUCAAGAUUGGUGUCAACCACCGCAUCGCGCCUCAGGAUUCCAUAUCAGCAGUGAAGGCCAACAUCCUGAAACAGAUCAAGCCAAUCGUGAAAAAAUUCGGGUUGACAGUCAGCGCCUUCAAAGGGGAGGAACACAAUCCAGAUAUUGAACUGGAUGAGAACCUCAGCGACGGAGCUGUAGACCCGAUGUAUGAGGUGGAAUACAAUGGAACACUUGUCCUUACAUCGUCUCAAUCUACUUUGGUUGCUCCGAUCUCACCAACGUCAGGGCCAAUCUGGGAUGUUUUCUCGGGAACGAUCCAGCAUAGCUUUGCUUUUGAAGGCGGAAAGGUAAUUCCCGUGGGAGAGCUCAUGACAGGUAACACGGACACUCGCCAUUAUCUGAACUUGACCAACCACAUUUAUCGGUGGACACCGACUCGUCAGGGACGCAACGCCAAUGCUCAUACGGUCGAUGAAAGAGUAGAUAUGUACGCUCAUCUAGAAAUCGUCAGGUUCUAUUACGACUUAAUUAGGAACUUUGAUGCGUCUCCUGUUGCGGCUUUUGAGGAACAAGUGGAUAUUGGAGAAUUGUGA